GGGGAUGAGGAAGGGUGGGGGGUGCUGAGCCUAGUACUCUUCCAGCACUGCUGGCCACUUCUGUGUGCCAUAUGGCAGUUCUCUCUGGCGAUGUCCGUGUACGGAGGCCUGGCCUGAGUGAGCGACUUUCUCCGAACAAAAGUCGCCUCUCCCAGAAGUGGCCCUUCUGCUUCUCUGUGCUGCUACGCCAACUCUUUCAUUGGGCGUCGAGCGCGCGUGGCCUGGAGAUGCCUGCCGCGUUUCCGGCAGUUGUUAAAGAAGAAGAGCCGGAGGCAGUGCUGAGCUGGAGAUGCAGCAACUCCCUGGCUCCCUCCUUGGGAUCACACUUUGCUGGGAUAUAGUUGUGUAAACUACGGGCUGCCACCACGGAGAGACCACAGGAACCCCCCUUGGGCCCUCCAUGUCCCUUUGACGGGGCCUUUUGGACUCGAAGACCCCCACACGCACCCCAACAGGGGUGCUUUGCUUGUAUCUCCAAGACGCCUCCUGUACAGCAAGGAUCGCCUGUCCUGUCUCCCUCUUCUGCUGUUUGCCUCAUGGAGAACAAGAGCUGCAAAGGGGAUAGCCUGCGGCCACCAGUCCAAUGCAAACACUCCGUAGAAAAGAAGACGAUGACUAAUCCCACCACGGUGAUUGAAAUCUACCCAGACACCACUGAAGUGAACGAUUAUUAUCUCUGGUCCAUCUUCAACUUUGUAUACCUCAAUUUCUGCUGUCUGGGUUUCAUUGCCUUGGCGUAUUCUUUGAAAGUUCGGGAUAAGAAGCUUCUCAAUGACCUGAAUGGUGCUGUCGAAGAUGCCAAGACGGCCCGUCUUUUUAACAUCACCAGCUCGGCACUAGCCACCUUCUGCAUCAUCCUGGUCUUCAUCUUCCUACGAUAUCCGCUCACCGACUACUAGAAAGUGGCCAGCAGUUGCUGCCCAAAUUCCUCCGUGCCAGAAGCUGCCACUGAGUUUCUUCUAGAAGGGACGCAAACUAACAAAUCCCCACCACAACUCCCUCCCAAUGGCAAAAGCCACCCCAAUCAAAUCAGAGAGGCAAUCAGGACUCCUCCCACACUCUCCCAUGGCCUGACUGGUAUGCGAACUUCUGUAGCAGAGAGUUUUACUUUUACAUUUUGUAUACAAAAUAUUUAUUUUCAUGAUAAAGAAAUAGGGUUUGAUGGUGAGAUUGAAAUUCGGCACAGAUUAACCAAAGGGCUUGGUGAACUACAGUGGAGGAGAAAUUGAGAUGAUACAGGGUCAUCGGUGAUCCCAAGAUGAAGGUUAUGUGACCGGCCUGAGUGCGAAACUGAGAGGAUGUGGCUUAUGGCCCUAUUGGGCAAGAUUAACUGCAGACCACUUUCUGGAUCUACCAAGAAGCCUGUACACAGUUUCAGAGCUCAAGAGAGGGAAUGGAGAAAAGAUUGCUUGCUGCUAAGAGAUAGGCAUGGCCUUUGCAGAACCUUAUCAGUUGCAGUCAGAUGGCUUUCAAGUUCUUUCCUUCUCCCUGCCCCACUCUGAGUCCCCAACACCCACAAACACACAUCUUUGCAGUAUACAUUUUACCUGUUUUCAAAUUUAUUUGAUUGAAGCCCAUAACUGCUUGCAAAAAUGUUAAAAAAAAACCCACCAGGAAAUUUGGAUUCUAGACUGUUUACACUAGCCUUGUCUAGUGAACCCUGACGCCUUCCAGGGUAAAUCCCAGAAAAGUUUUAAUGGUCUUCUUUGGAACCUCAUGGAAACACUGAGAAUGUAGACAACUUACAAAAAAUUUACAUAGAUCCUGUAUCUCUGUCAACUUUAAAUAAAAAUACCUCUAACCAUCA